UAUUGCUCCCAUUCAUCCUCGUCCUCCACGAGCCUGGCUCACAGGCUGUACGUCGUGCGUCGUCGUCGAUGGCUGAUGAUGAGGCGGCUCCCGCUCCAGCUCCGGCUCCGGCUCCGGCGCCGGCGGCGGGGCUGAAGGAGAGCAUCGCGGCGCUAUACGACGAGUGUUCGGGGCCGUGGGAGCGCUUGUUGAGCGACCACAUUCACCACGGCUUCUACGACGUGGGCGAGGACGCGUCGUCCAACGCCGACCACCGCCAAGCCCAGCUCCGCAUGAUAGAGGAGUCGCUCGCCUUCGCCGCCGUCCCAUCUCCAGAUGAUCCCAAGGCACCAAAAAACAUAGUAGAUGUUGGAUGUGGACUUGGUGGUAGCUCAAGGUACCUGGCCAAGAAAUACGGAGCACAGGUCAAGGGGAUCACGUUGAGCCCUGUUCAAGCUGAAAGAGGAAAUGCUCUCGCUGCAGCGGAGGGGUUGUCCAAUCAGGUUACUGCUCAAGUAGCUGAUGCUCUGCAGCAACCGUUUUGUGAUGGGCAGUUCGAUCUCGUAUGGUCCAUGGAAUGUGGCGAGCACGUGCCGGACAGGAGAAAGUUUGUUAGUGAGAUGGCACGCGUCGCGGCUCCUGGAGGGAGAAUAAUCAUCGUGGCAUGGUGCCAUAGGAACCUCGAACCAUCUGAAACCUCGCUGAAACCCGAUGAACUGAGCAUCCUGAAGAGGAUUUGCAAUGCAUACUACUUCCCGGAGUGGUGCUCAGCUUCAGAAUAUGUCAACAUUGCCAAGUCACUGUCUCUCGAGGAUAUCAAGACAGCUGAUUGGUCGGAGAACAUUGUCCCGUUUUGGCCCGCUUGUAUGAAAUUAUUACUAAGUUGGAAGGGCCUCACCUCUCUACUGACGAGUGGAUGGAAGACGAUCAAAGGGGUGAUGGUGAUUCCGCUGUUGAUCCAGGGCUACAAGAAGGGGGUCGUCAAAUUCGCCAUCAUCACCUGUCGCAAGCCUGGAGCAGCGUAGCAGAGGAACUUACUGUCACAACGCCUCUGCCAAGUCCAAUAAUGUGGAUCCGUGGCCCCAUGGCCGUCUACUUAUCUAUACUGUACUUGAAUCAAUAAUCUCCUUGGACAUAUUUGCCAUGACAUGUCAAAUAAUUUCUACACGACUUUUGAUUUAUGGAUCAAAAAACUGUUGCAACCUUGCUCUUCUUGUUUUACUCUUUUUUUAUCUUUUUUUAUUUCCUAAGUUGUUGUACUGUGUUUUCCUCUUUUUAAUUUCAAUAAAUCUCCUAUAGGGGCUAAGGCCCCUCCAGUUCUUUUUUUAAAAAAUAAUUUUUACCACUUGUGGAGA